CGAUGGCGCGCAUGAGUGUUGAAGAGUACGACAAACUUUCGCCUGAGGAACGGCAAAAACAGGACAAGGAGGAUCGCGCGAGGGAAGCGAGGGAACAGGCUGAAUUACCGUACACUUGGAACCAAGAGCUGACUGAACUUGAUCUCGUCGUUCCCGUUCCAAAGGGAACCCGCGCCAGAGAUCUGUCGAUUGUUAUUCAGAAGAAGAAACUGAGCGUCGGUCUGAAAGGGAAGGAGAGGACUCUGGACGGCGAACUUUGCAAGGAAAUCAAGGUGGAUGACAGUACUUGGACACUUCAGGAUAACGAAGCUGUUCAUAUCCAUCUCGAGAAAGUGAACAAGGAACAAUGGUGGGAAAACGUCCUUACCCACCAUCCCAAGAUCGAUACCACCAAGAUCGAACCAGAGAACAGCAAGCUCAGCGAUCUUGAUGGGGAGACCAGAGGAAUGGUAGAGAAAAUGAUGUUUGACAACCAGCAGAAGCAAAUGGGAAAACCAACGUCCGAUGAACUCAAGAAGAUGGAGGCUCUUCAAAAAUUCCAGGCUGCCCACCCAGAACUGGAUUUCUCCAAGGCGAAGAUUACAUGACCGCUGGUUAUCGACUCUCCCUCACUUGGUGCAUGUGUAGUAACCCCGAGAAAAAAGGUAUCAUCAGGACAAGUAGCUAAACAAAUAUGUAACACCAAUCUAUGAGA